AGCUUCUUAACCUCCAGCUUCUCCGCUUCGGCUUGAGUGAAGAACGUUACGCUAUAGCAAUAAGUCCAGAGUAUUGGUCCCAUCCAUAGAAACAUUCACGUACGCUCCACGUUCAUGUUCUGUAUGCCAUCACCUUGAGAAGGACAGUGGUGAACAUGUUCCGGACCCAAGCUCCUCGCGGAGUCUUCCGCUCGUUGUCUUCGCUCUCGAACCAAGCUGUUGUGCCCAGGAGAAGAGCUCCUUUGCUGCCGAGCGCCCAGUGGUCUUCAGGGAUAUGCACUGCAGCUUCGAAGAGGCCUCAACUAUGGACAGCAUUGAGCAAGAACACCACGCAGGUCUACGUACGACACCAGGGCAAAUACGACAAGCCAGAUCUCAAGCACGAGGCGGAAGUUGCAAAGCAAAAAUUGAAGGCGACUCCUGAAACAGUGUCUACAUCGUCGAGCAUACACCCGAUCCUACAUGAGCAGCAGACUCCAUCGUCCGGGGACAAAUUGCACACACACGGAAGCAUUCGAAGCGACUUGCAAACUAUCCGAGAAACGUUUAAUUUGUCUGAAGUUCCCCGAGAAGCAUACGUGCUUGGCCUGGCAGGCGUGAUACCUUACCUCGCGACCUCUUUAUCCACACUGGGACUAGCCUACGAGAUUAAGACUGCACACGACGUAGGCACUGGAUAUCUUAUGAAGGCCGAAACGGCCGAGCAACUUUUGAACCUUCUCGAACCUAUUCAGGUCGGCUAUGGUGCCGUGAUCAUUUCCUUCCUCGGCGCGGUGCAUUGGGGCUUCGAAUGGGCCGGCUAUGGUGGUCACAAGGGCUACCCGCGGUACGCGAUCGGUGUCGCCGCGCCCGCCAUUGCCUGGCCUUCACUCCUGCUGCCUGUGCAGUACUCGCUCAUCGCCCAGUUCCUGGCCUUCAACUUCCUGUACUAUGCUGAUUCUCGGGCAACCCGACGCGGCUGGGCGCCGCCAUGGUACGGAACGUACCGUUUUGUGCUGACAUUUAUCGUGGGGGCCACGAUUGUGCUCACCCUCAUUGGGCGUGGUGAGCUCAUUGGCAGGGUUGACAGAUCGCCUGGCUUGGCGGAGAGGGCGAGGGGCAUACAGAUGGAGAUGCAGGCCAAAUUUAAAGCGGAAGAGGAGGCUCACAGGCAGCAAUUGAUCGCACAGGGAGAGGCUGAUGAUGAGAGUGUCGAGAGCUUGGAUGAGUUGAAGGACAACGACGACAGCGAAGAAGAGAAGAACGAGGGAGGAAAUAAGGAAGGGAAGCAGGACGAGGAUGAAGAUCAGAAGAAGAAGAGCGGAAAGGAGAAAGAGUAAACGCAGAUGAAAGACAGAACUUUACCUGCGUCAUUCCUUAAUUGCUUCUUUGCUGAUUGGAUGCAGAACCACCAGGACAAUUGACAGAACAUGUACUGGGCUACAGCGUUUAAUUUCUGCUCAAUGUUUAGGAUUCUACAUACAGGCGCACUCCUCCAGAGUGUUACGUCCGCCUGAAUGUUCUUGUGCAUGGUGGGGAUUUGAGCAGAGUUUGUUCCGAAGUACUGCUGUCACAUGUUGUUUAUAGGGUUGACCUUAAAUUAUUCUCAAUUUGACCAGCCGAAGGACGGAAUGUUCAAUUACACUCUGUCCAAAUUUGAUGUGCACACUUUUUGGUGAGC